AUGCAGGGAAGGGCCCAUAAGGAACGCUCUGGAUUUGAGGGACCGUGGACUUCAAAUCCUCUCAUCUUUGACAACUCUUACUUCAAGGAGCUUCUGGAAGGAGACAAAGAUGGACUCUUGAAGUUGCCGUCUGAUAAGGCUCUUCUUUUUGACCCUUCGUUCCGCCCACUCGUGGAGCUAUAUGCUAAGGAUGAGGAUGCUUUUUUUGCUGAUUAUGCCGAGUCUCACUUGAAGCUCUCUGAGUUGGGGUAA